ACAACUUAUGAGGUCAGACAUGCUUCCCUGCUGAGUCAGGGCUAGCUCUCUCUAAUUCUAAUAUGUACCUGACCAGGGGCGGACUGACAAUUCAUGGGGCCCCCGGGCAAUAGGGGAUCAUGGGGCCCCUGUGUCCUUGCCCAAACUCAAAAAAGCCUAUUAAAAAGGUACCAGGGGCAUCUCAUGGGGCUCCCUACUGACCCCGGGCCCUCGGGCAUUGCCCGAGUUUCCAAAUGGUCAGUCCGCCCC